AUGUCUAAUUCUAAAGGGCCUUCUAGCAUGAGAAACAUGAUGUUGAAUGGCAGGAACUCUCUCUUGCCUCCUAAAAGUCCAUUUCCUAGCACUGCUCCAUCAUUUGUUGAUUAUAUCCCCAGUUCAGUGAUAGGGCAAAAAGGUACCAUAAAAGCGCGGGAAGGGUACUCAAACCAUCAACGGACUUCCUCUGAAAGCUUAGUAAUAGAGGAGCAGCCUUCUUGGUUAGAUGAACUCCUUAACGAGCCAGAAACCCCAGUACGUAGAGGUGGUCAUCGGCGUUCAUCAAGUGAUUCAUUUGCAUACAUUGAUGCAGCUAAUGCUGUAGGUGCAGAUUAUGUAACUCAAGAUGACAUCAGAUUUCAUAAUAUGAUGCCGGUCGCUUCAUGGGGAUCUCAAGAGGUUGAUCAUUACAGAGAUGCUCAGCGUCCUUUUGUUCCAGACUUCAAUGCUUUUGGAAAAUAUAAAAAUCGCGCGUGGGAUGCGUCGACAAACUCUUUCACUCAUCUGCGUGGAUUUCCUCCUUCUGGAAACAUUCUUCAAAACUCAGGAAUGUCACGUGCUCAACAAGAAUCUGAAGUAUUUCCAUCCACUGCUUCAGAUAAGCAUGAUGGUGACUCUGGCCCCCAGGAUCUUAAAGGGUCUUCCGAGAAAAAGGAUCUUUCUAAUGGAAAGCCUUCUGCAUCUGAAACCGACUCCAAACGUGCAAAGCAGCAAUUUGCUCAGCGUUCACGGGUUAGGAAAUUACAGUACAUAGCUGAGCUGGAAAGAAACGUGCAAGCCUUACAGGCAGAAGGUUCUGAGGUUUCUGCUGAGCUUGAGUUUCUCAACCAGCAACAUCUUAUUCUCAGUAUGGAGAAUAAGGCUUUAAAGCAACGCUUAGAAAGUUUAGCUCAGGAGCAGCUUAUAAAAUACGUUGAGCAUGAGGUAUUGGAGAGGGAAUUAGGAAGAUUACGAUCCCUAUAUCAUCAGCAACAGCAGCCACAGCCACUGCAGCAACAAUCUCAACAGCAUCAGACAUCUGGUCAUCGACGCAGUAGCAGUAAAGAUCUUGAUUUACAGCUUGCAAACCUUUCUCUGAAACAAAAAGAUACUAGUUCUGCACGGGUUGAUGUUCCUCGCCAACUUAACAUUUGA